UGGGAUGAGAAGAGCAGAUGCCGCAAUGAGAUGCCAAAGCGGCUCCCCUUCCUCUGCGCCUUGGGUGCCUAUAAAUUGCUCCGGCGCGCGUUUGUCAGCCUCCUCUUCUCCUGGCAGGUGGUACCCAGGCAGAAUUCUGCGUUCAGUCUCUCUCUCGCUCCGCUCCCGGCGGUGAGGCGCUCGCCGCUGCCCGCCAGCCCCUCCGCUCCAGCCCGGAGCCUCCCCGAGCCGCCGGUGCCCAGCGCCGCCGCUCCGCGCCCCCGGGGGGCGCUUGGCCUGAGCUCGCGCGGCCGGCGCGGGGUUUGGGGGAUGCGCAUCUAUUAGAGUUCUGGUGGUUGCCAAGGAGGAAAAGAAGAAAACAAAAACAAAAAAGGCAGGAGGAGGGCGAUCCCAGCGAGCGAAAGAAGAGGAGGCAGAAAAAGGCAACUUCAGACGGAAAGUUGGUGCGAACUGGCGCAGUCGGCAAAACCGGCAAAGUCGAUCGCGGGCGGCGGCGGAAAAGUGUUAGCGGCCCCGGCGAGCGCGAGGGGCUGCGGCGGCUCUGCCCUCCCGGGGGCCGCGCCGGCGCCGGCGGCAGCCACAGGUGCGAAGGGGCUCGCGGGCGGCGAGAGGGCGCCCCGCGCACCCCACCCCCUGCUCGGGGACUUGCGCGCAAGUCGCCGGGCGUCCGAGCUCCCUCCCCAGCCGCAGCCUCGGCUGGGGGGGAGCGAGAGCAGGCGAGGAGCGGCCGGCGCGCGCGCCCGCCCAGGGGACUCGGGGUUCGCAGGGGGCUGUUUUCGGCUCUGAGGAGGUCCCCGCCCAACCUUCAAAAUUUUGUCCAAAAGCAGACAAGAGGAUCGCCCCGCGCUGAGCCGGCUGGUGGGCAGCAGGAGGCGCCUGAUCGCCGCCGGGGCGCUGGGGGUGGUGAUGGUGCUUCUGCUGGUCGUUCUCAUCCCGGUGCUGGUGAGCUCGGCCGGCACGUCGGCGCACUACGAGAUGCUGGGCACCUGCCGCAUGGUCUGCGACCCUUACGGGGGCACCAAGGCGCCCAGCACGGCCGCCACGCCCGACCGCGGCCUCAUGCAGUCCCUGCCCACCUUCAUCCAGGGCCCCAAAGGCGAGGCAGGCAGGCCCGGGAAGGCGGGCCCGCGGGGGCCCCCCGGUGAGCCUGGGCCGCCGGGCCCCGCGGGCCCGCCGGGCGAGAAGGGCGAGCCCGGCCGCCAAGGCCUGCCGGGCCCUCCCGGGGCGCCCGGCCUGAACGCGGCCGGGGCCAUCAGCGCCGCCACCUACAGCACGGUGCCCAAGAUCGCCUUCUACGCCGGCCUCAAGCGGCAGCACGAAGGCUACGAGGUGCUCAAGUUCGACGACGUGGUCACCAACCUCGGUAACCACUACGAUCCCACCACGGGCAAGUUCACCUGCUCCAUCCCGGGCAUCUACUUCUUCACCUACCACGUCCUGAUGCGCGGAGGGGAUGGCACCAGCAUGUGGGCCGAUCUCUGCAAAAACAACCAGGUGCGUGCUAGCGCGAUCGCCCAAGACGCUGAUCAGAAUUACGACUAUGCGAGCAACAGUGUGGUUCUUCAUUUGGAGCCAGGAGACGAAGUCUACAUCAAAUUAGAUGGUGGGAAAGCCCACGGAGGAAACAACAACAAAUACAGCACAUUUUCUGGAUUUAUUAUCUAUGCUGACUGAUCAUGCAAAAACUAAGCUUAUUACUCUGAGUUUGGACACUGGAUUCGUAUGGCUAACGUCAGUGAAUCGAGGACCCCAGGGGAUGCCGGAUGCGGGGCGCCUCAGCUGUGUGUAUGUGGGGAAUUCAAAUGCUACCUGACUCACAUCUGUAUACUCAGAAACAUUAUGUAAAAAAAAAUAUUAAAAGCAAGAUAAGCAAAUGUUGAUCCACUACCGCCAAAGCAAAUAUUCCUAUUGUUCGUGUCGAUGUGAAUGAAGUCCUAUAUAGAUCACAAAUUUUUAUAGAAAAAUCUAAGACACUGAAUUAUUUCUUCCAUAUAUAUGAUACUUUGGUGUAAUGUGAUCUUGCUGCUUUUAUCCAUAUGUCAGCUUUGGUUCUUGUGAGUUUACCUGCUUAUUAUGAUACUCGGGGUCCAUUCAUAGUGUGGGGAAGAAUGAUUUUUACCCUGCAGGAGGAGGUCUCAUUGACAUAAUGCUGCUUUGUCCCCAAAGAAAUUGUCUGCCUUGUACUCCUGUUAACUUUAGAGCUAGACCUGGGAAUGAUUCAACUUUAAGCCUUAACCUGGAAUUUUCUGGAUUUGAGGGAAUUCCCAAGCCUGUGAUCAUGUUUCACAUUCUUUUUCUUAGGAAUCUUCUUUCCUCUCUUUUCGGGUGAUAGUCUUUAAAAGUAGAGAUUGAACUUGUAUCAUAGGAUUACCCUCUAAGUGUGUAAAUGUGUAAUUACGUAUGGUAUUUAGAAAAAUCCCCCUGUGUCCAGUUUGUCAAUAGAAUGCAUUUAGGUUUACUUGGAAAGUCAGAGAAAUUUAUUCUUUGGUGUUAAAUCAGACUGAGGCUUUUGCCUUCUUUGGAACAAAAGAUUAUUCGUAACCCAACGCAUAUAGGUUUAAUUUGCGCUGGUGCGUGCGUCACCAAGGGGACACUAAGUAAGGCCUUCAAAUAGUUACUACAAGUCAUGGCCUGAGGUUAUUUCAACGUGAACAAUUUCACAUAUAACCAAUACGACAAUAAAGUGUAUAUAUUUUAUACAAAUAACCUGCUACAUAUAUAUAUGUAUGUGUACAUAUAUAUAUGUUAGAUGAAAUAUAUAUAUGGCUUCAGACCGUAGGCACAAUGGCUGUAUAGCCCCAAAAAUUUAAUUUAAAGAAGUGUACGUGUAGGCACACACACAAACGUGUAUGAGUUAUUUGACUUGUCUUGGAUUGAAAUAUAUUUUGGAAGACAAAAAUAUAUGAAGUAGCAAAAUAAUUUAGAUGACUUCUAAGAGUUAUCCAGAAAAUUAAAUUUUAUUAGGUUAAAAUGCCCCGGAAAUCAUGUGUCUGUAAAUUAGGUCUGUGGCUUCUUUAUUACCAUAUGCCAAUCAAUACUUUCACUGCGUUCUGUGGCCGACUGUUACUGUUAGGACUGCAGAGAUGAAGUAGCUCUCCUUUGCAGUGUUUAUGAAAUAUAUGCAUUUGAAUGAGCAAUGUUUUUCUUUUUUCUCAGGUGGACCGAAGCUGACAGUAAAGUAGAUUUUGAGAGUAGUGCAAAUCCUUCCUCUCUGGUUAAAGUACACUGCCAAAAGCCAUCUCUUUAGUCUAAGAAAAAGAUUUAAAAUGCGUGUUGAUAAGUCGUAACUAUCAGACAGCUUCCACUAUUACAAUGAAAAAUCUGUUCCGCUCUCAGGUGCCUUUGAAGACUCUUUGAGAAGUAGAUUUCACAAACAGAGAUUGAAAAAUCUGCCUGUUUUACUGGCGAAGGACAUUUGCAUUUUUUUCAUUUAAAGGAAUUAGUUUGUUCUGUUUGGCUCAUUCCUCUUGGAUACUUUCUGUUCUAAUACACAGAAAGCUUGACCAUCGUUGAUCCACAGAAAUAUCUUUUAUUUAGCCAACCUCAACUUUCCAAAAGAGUUAUGCCUGGUGUUCCCAUCUGAAUGUGCUGUUUGCUUGGUUUAAAUGCCUUGGUCUGAGUAACCCUCAUGAUUUAUAUGAUUAAAAACAUGUAAGCCCAUUUAUCAAGAAUAAUGACUAAUUCUAUUUGGCCUUUCUAAUAUGUAAGAUAACUCAUAAAGGAAUUGCAGUGGAUUUUAUUUCCAUUUAACAAUAUGUAUUUAUCAAAGAGGAAUUAGCAGUAAGGGUUUGGAGAUUUUUUUUUAGGUAACAAAUCAUAGCAAAGGAUUCAACCAAAAGAUUAGCUUAUAAACAGCAGAACACGUCAACUGAGAGUUUUAAAAAGGCUUUAUUUACACAAAACAUCAGGGCUGGGUGUCUUUUAAAGAGUUGGCUCUAGAAUCAGACUGUCACUUCUAAUAGAUCUGACAUUUUCUUCAGAUAAGUAAGCGUUAUUUUCUCUGUUCAGGCCCACGGAAAGACAAAUAAAAGGUAAAGGAAAUAAAGAGAAUAUAUAUAAGGCAAACAUUUCUCUUUUUUUUUUUUGCAUUCUAUAUUAUUAAUUAAAUUGUGGCCUUUGUUACUAUAAAUGUAAUGAUUCAUUAAACUAUAUUAUGUAAUAUA